AUGCAGCGACCAGCGUGCAUAUUAUGCGUGAAUAAAACGACACAAGACCAGAGGCAAGCUUUUCUAGAAGACGCGAAGAAGGACAACGAAGACGGCGAGGCGAGGACAAGACCAGACAGAAAGGCGAAGGAAAGACGAGAGAGAGAGACGAGAAGCUCUCUUGGGGCCGCGGAAAUCCUUCCUGAUCCGCCCCGUCCGUCCCUGCUCUCUGCCUGGGGAGACCAGAAGAAGCACAAGAACAAGAGGAGCAUCACCACCAACAAGAAGAAGCCAGAGGCAAAGAGGCAGAGCCUCGCUUCACUCUUCACUCUCUUCAGGAAGAAGAAAAAGGGAAUAAUCCCGAGCGACCCAUUCAACCGUCACCUAGCGAGUCCCCAACAUCGUUAG